AAUCUUGAGUAAGUCCCAAGACAGCUUAAACAAAGAAGCCUGGAAAUAUAAUCCCAUCAUACUUAUUGUCCUUUAAAGAGACUGUUGUCUUUGAUAACCAAGGACUACUCAUUCGCGCAUGUCUGCUGCUGCUCCUGCAGCCCCUUGUGCACGGGACAGUGUAAUCGUUCAAAGGGGAACCGAAUGAGGUGUAGUACACCUUCCGGUUACGUUUCCAAUACUCGAGAACUGUUUGUACUCGUUUGUUAUCGUACUGCGACAAAUGGGCACCAUUCAGAUAAUUCGAUUGUUUUCUAAUAGUAAGCUCUCUGUAGUAAACAAUUAAGGAUUGAACCCUUGAUAAAAUUAAGAUAAAAAAGAAGAAAAAGACUUAUUUAAUGUGUACGUGAACGAUGCUAAAUCAGAUAACUUUUGAAACAGCCGGCGUAUCAUCAUUCAGAUGUCUGAAAAGUUUUUUUAAACCUCAGCUCUCUGUGUUAACAAUUACGUACAAAAACCCUGGAAAAUUCAUCGAGAUAAAAGGAAUAAUAAGACUAAUGUAGUCUUUAAUUUAGCAUCGUUACACAGAGAAGAACUCUAGCAACGAAAAGCUUCUCAGAAACGUUUUCAGUCAAGACUCGAAAGCUCCUCACCGGGCCUUUCGUCGAGAAAUACUUAUCUGGCAUUGAGAAGAAGAGCAUCGAUUCCCAUCGCACAGACAAUGGCCAUCAACGUAGUCCUUCCCAUUCUGAUUCCACUGGAGGAGGACCUUCGUAAUGCAACGCGACUUCUGUCAGGUAGUGGGAGGUCACUGAUUGAAUUCACGCAGCACCGCUACUGUGUUCUUCUUAGGGAGGACACGCCCACCUCCUCAGAUGUCAUCACGAUAGUGGCCCAUCACAAAGAAGGUGCCUCCAUCAGAUACAGCAUCACUGGUGGGAACCGGGAUGGCCUCUUUACCAUCGACCAGAAGACGGGACUCGUCACACUGGCAGCUGCGCUGGACUACGAACUCUACGACAAGCAUGAACUGGUAGUUUCAGCUGACGGCAGAGGUCAGGUGGUUCACACGAUCGUCCAGGUGGCUGUGGCUGACGUGAAUGACAAUCCGCCUGUCUUCAUUGAUCCAGAUCCACAUGUCACCGUCAUUGAAGAGGAUGACAGGCACCUUCCAACUACUCUUAUAAAAGUUGAGGCAAAUGACCCAGAUCAAUCCGACGAAUCCGGGCUUUUGUACACGUUGCGAGGAGAUGGAGUUGAUGGUUACUCUCCAGAAGAUGCCUUCUUCAAGAUCAAUCCAAGUACGGGAGACCUUAUGCAGUUGAGGGCCCUCGACCGUGAUCCGCCCAGUGGGAAAAGAAUUUGGAAGUUGAGAGUCAUAGUGCAAGAUGGUCAGGAACCCUGGAAAGCUGGAAGACGACUCAAAGGGAAGGAAAACACAUCAGAGGACUCUAUGGAUCACUCGCCAUCGUGGGACUAUGAAGAUGGGUAUCAAAAUGACCAGCCCGUUGAAAGUACUCUUGGAAGAGAUGAUGAAAUCUCUGAACCGAACAAAAAAAGUGCUUUUAAAUAUGACAGUUCCAAAGUUCACGAAGAUGGAGUCAGGAGUAGACUCUGGGAAACACAAGGCAAUGGGUUUGAUCGGCUUGCAUCCAUUCAAAAUGGUGGGACAAGUACAAGAAAGCACGAGUGGACACGAGUAAGGAACCGAAAAUAUAAAGCAAGGUCAUUCUUUUGGACAAGUUCGAAUGACAGACAGCACCCGUAUACACAGUAUUCAUGGAAAUUCAAUGAAAUCAGUUAUAAAGAUACCAAACAGCUACCCUGGAAUGACCAAGCUAGGUUUGGUAUCCCCAAGUCUGUAUACAAUUACAAGAAUGAGGAAAACCCACAUAAAAAUAGCUGGGAACUCUCUAAGAGAAUAAGGGAUGAGAAAACAAUAGAUAAAUGGGUCAGUAGACCUGAAUCUAAAGUGAGGAAAAAUGAAGAACAAAGUAAACAAAUAGAGUUGAGUUCAAGCCGCAGGAGAUCUAAUACUGGUGAUCAUGCUUGGCAUGUCAGUCGGUUAAGAGAAGGCCUUAGUGACUCAACUAGCAGAAGAACAGUAGGUAGACCAAGGUCAAAAUUUGUAAAUGCUAAUCAAAGAGGAGGAGAUUCAGGAGAAGGAAUGAAGGACAGAAUUUCACUCAGUAAAUCAAGAUCCGCAGGGUUCUUGGUUUCAUCUCAAGACACUUCAAGUGCAAAUGGGAAAGGAAAAACUCUUGACCAGAGUAGUGAAUUGUUGAAAUCAAGAUUAAGUUCUUUUGCAGCUGUUAAAAUUCAGAACACAGAGCCUACAAGUAACAAAGGAAAUGUGAACAAGGUUUGGGCAAGUUAUAGUAGAGGUCAGCAGCCAAAUUUUAAAUCUAACAGACUUUUACAAAAAGGUGACAGUACUUGCAGAGGUCAAAUUUCCUCAUGUAACCUGAUUCCUGAAGUGAAAGGUGCAGAACAAAUCAGAAAGAACAGUCAGUCCUCAUGGAGUAACAGUCUUAAGACAAAGAUUAAAUUACGUGGCAAAACAAAACUUCAUAGAAUUGAGACACGUCUUGACGAUUCACCUGACUACCUCAUUCCUCUUGACAAGUUCAAGAAUUCACAUAUUUCCAGAAAUGUCAGUUUCAAAGCGUUGACCUCUGAUUGGGAAGAAAUCGAAAGUUCUGACGAUAGACAGUUGAGACAAGAGUCCCGUUCUGUCAAAAAGGCAAAGAGAUCUCCUGGUGGAGCAUUUGAAACAAAACGCAAAAACAGUGGCACUUUAUAUGAAAGCCCCUCCGUCAUGCAAGAGUCCAUAGACACUAAAACACCAUCUUUGAGCCCAGUUAAUAAUGUGGAAAGUAUACAGGAAUCUGGAGAGCAAUUCAGAUUUGAUCAUAAAAAUAACAUAAAGAAAAAGAAAAUUGAAAGAUUUCCCUUCCACUCUACAAAAUCUAUAAAAGUUGGUUCUCUGAAGUUACUUUCAUUAAGUAAUGACACGAAAAAACCAUCUACAACUUUAUUUCUUCAGAGUAAAAUUGAAUCUGUAAGAAAAGGAGGUUUUGCUAGCAGUGGCCCACAUUCCACAGGCAUCACUGCAAAUUUGACUGAAUCAAAUGAAUACCCUCAUAACCGUAAGUCAACCUUUACUAAACCCACAGCAGCAUCAAAGCUACCUGAGCUGCAAAUGGAAGGUUUUACUCUCAGAGGUCCUAACGAUACGGUAUCAAAGAAACUGAGUAAAUAUACAAACAUUCAAUACUCGAGUUCUCCUGUGAGUCAGCUAAAGUUGAGUGAGAAAAGAAAUAUCUCUUUACCUAAGACUAAAACGCCCCUGCCUGCUUUAGUUACCAGAAAUCGACAGAUCAGACAAGCACUCAAAAACAAGUCAGGAAUCGGAAAGCGAGAGAGCAAAUGGGUUUUGAAGAAGCCGAGGGGCAAAGGCUGGUUCUCGAGAGGGCACAGAGAUCUCUCGAUGGAAUCUCCUUUUGAUAACUUUGACUUCGACGAGGAAGAAUGCUACGAGGCUCUCCGGGUCAGUGGGUCGGUGACCGACGAAGGCGGGGAUGAAAAGGAAAAUCCUGUACACGAGGUGGAGAUACUUGUGACGGUCAUUGUCAAGGACAUCAAUGACAACGCCCCUGUUUUCCCCAACAUGACGAUGUUUGGAGAAGUGCAAGAAAAUGGCCCAGCAGACCUGCCGGUGGCGGAAGUGUCCGCCUGGGACGCUGACGACGCCACGGAAGGCUCCAACGCCCGGAUCACCUACGCCAUCGAGAAGAACGUCAUCCACGACAAGUCCGGAGAGGCCGUCUUCAGGGUGCAUCCUCACUCGGGGCUGGUGACGACCGCCCUCUGCUGCCUCGACAGGGAGACCACGCCCCUGUACCACAUUCAGGUGGUGGCUUCUGACGGAGGAGGACUCAAAGGGACAGGUACAGUGGUCGUUCGCCUGACUGAUGAGAACGACAAUUCUCCGCGUCUUGCGCGACAGUACUGGGAACUGGAAGUGGACGAGACGUGGGGGGAGGGUCCCCCCAAUAACGUGACCCUCCUGGAGUUGAUCGCUGCUGAUCCUGACACCAAGAAUCACUUCUCUUACAAGAUCGUUGAGGACAGCGGCUGGGGCUGGGAACACUUUGGCAUCCGGUCGACUGGGGCAUCCGGUCAGCUCUAUGCCCUGAGGACACUCGAUUAUGAGGACGAUACCCAUCGCCAGGGAUUCAAGUUCAUGGUACAGGUCACUGAUCGGGAGGAGGGCGGAUGGGCCGACCCCAAACACCAGGACACCGCCUGGGUGGGCGUGAGGCUGCGAGAUCUCAACGAUAAUCCGCCCCAGCUCCUCCGUCGCCACGCCCACGUCACCGUAAGCGAGGACGCCCCUCUGGGCACUUUGUUGACCACCGUGUCCGCCCACGAUCCAGAUGUUGGGGGAGGCGGCCAGGUGGACUAUUCGGUGGUGGGCGGCUGGAACUCGCUCCAGGUGGACGAGAGCGGAGGCGUGACGCUCUCCCGCCGUUUGGACCGCGAGGCUGAAGAGGGCGCCCUGGGCAUCGCCAGAAUCCUGAGCACGGACAGAGGGGAGCCGCCCCUGACUGCCACCACUACCCUGACCAUCACAGUCACGGACGUCAACGACUGCGCCCCUCGAAUUCUUCCUCCGGACGUCCUUCACGUGAGGGAGGGCGAUCCUCCCGUCCUACUCGGCGUCCUAACGGCGACUGACGACGAUAUGUGGGCGCUUGGGCACGGGCCUCCCUUCAGGAUGUCGCUCUCGCCGUCGAACCCCCCUUACGUCGUGGAUCUCGUCAGGCUCAAGUUCGAUCAACAUGUCGACAGCGGUCGGGGAGGAGCCGAGUUAUGGACCCGAGGCUCCCUGGAUCGUGAGACCCAUCGGACGCUCAAAGUAGAAGUCGUGGUUGGCGACGCCGGAGGACUCGAGAGGAAGCAGACUGUCACGAUUGUUGUCGAUGACCUGAACGAUAAUCCCAUGAAACCUGCUGCCAAGACUGUCUAUCUGUGGAAGACCCAGGGCAGCGGAUCGGACGCACCCUUAGGUCGGGUGUUCGUAGACGACCCCGACGACUGGGAUGUAGGAGACAAGACCUUCCUAUGGGCCGGGAAGCCUCAUCCUCUGUUUACGCUGAAUGCUGAUGACGGUUCCAUUUUUGCUUCCAGCCUCGUCCGAGAAGGAAGGUACCAGCUGCACUUUGCCGUGAGUGACCGAGUGUGGAGUCAAGUGGACGUUGCUGCCAACGUUACUGUGGUGGUCAGGACCCUGACUCACGAUGCCCUGACUCACGCUACCCCAGUCAUUCUGACCCCUAUCACUCCAGCAGACUUGACCAGGGGUUGGGCGCCCUCGACUGGAGGAGGCGGUCUUGGAAAACUCCUGCAGGCAAUAGACGACGUCAUGUCAGAAGGUCACUCCUGCAAAGUGGAAGUCGUCAGCGUUUACGGGAAUGAUGAUCUUCCUGGGAUCACUUCGACAGUCUCCGUCAUUUCUCCAGGAACUGAAUCUUCAUCUAGUCAUCCACAAGAGGGGGAACAACCAGCUGGUCCUAACUCAUCCAGUGAGCAUCCAGCGCCAACGACAUGCGUCUGGGUGAGCGUGAAGGAUGAUGAGAAGGAAGCUUUUGUGAAUCCUGUCAAGCUACAGGGCUUAUUGUCUCUCCACAGGGAUAAGAUGGUCACCAGCUGGAGAAGGCCACUGGCCUCUGUGUCUCUGAAGGACCCGCCACCUGUAUUCGAAAAGAAAGGACCCUCCCUCCAGCAGGCACCUAAGAAGGACGCCGUGAGUGGAGGAUAUCCCCCGCACCUCGAAGGACCAGAGGACUCUGCUCUCUCCACCCUCAAGUUGUCCUACGAAGAAGGGGCCUCUGUGACCUCUCUAGCUUCGACAGCUCUCCCCCUUCAGGUUGUGGACACGAACAUGACCUCGUUGGUGACUCCUCUGCUCAUUCGAAGCCUCGAGUGUGGGUCCCAGGAAGGCUCCAAAGGGCGCGGCUACGCCUCUUAUGACUCUGACUCUUGCGCUCCCUCCACUUGCCUCAACGGAGGCAGGUGCCUCAGGUUUCCUUCAGGAAGCAGGUGCGUCUGUCCAGGAGGUUCCUGGGGUCCCCGGUGCAAGAUCCUCUCCAGGACCUUCCGUGGAUCCAGCUGGGUGUGGAUGAAACCGCUCCCUCCGUGCCUGCCAAAUACGAUGUCCCUUCGAGUCCUGACGCGUAGACCUCACGGAUUGCUCCUCUAUUCUGGCCCUCUGGCCCCACAGUCGAAACAUUUUGGGUCCUCAGUAAGCCUACCCUCGCCCAUGUUGGCUCUGCAGGUGGUCGAGAGGAAGCCUCAGCUCGUCGUCGAAGGGAUUGGCAGUUCUUUCGUUCUUCGAGUUAAUGCGUCUGUCUCCGAUGGCGAGUGGCACACCAUCCACCUCCAUCUGCAUUCACAGGGAGUGGUCAUGAUGGUGGACUUCUGUGGCCUGGGAUGGGAGGAGAAGACAAGCAGCGACGACUCUCACUGCGUUGGCAGGAAGUCCUGGGACCUUCCAGGGGGUCUGAAAGCGUGGGAGGCGUUGGGUCCUCUCCAAGUAGGCGGUCUGGCUCAAGGCCCUCAACGACCAAAGGAUUAUGGAUGGAGUCGAGCUCCUACGCCUUACUCACUCGAUGGGUGUCUUUCUCAUUUGGACAUCAAUGGUCAGUUGAUGGACUUGGGAGAGCCAGCGUGCAGCAAAGACAGCACAGUUGGCUGUCAACCACAAGAAACCGCAUGCCCUGGUGGCCUGGGAACGUGCGGCAUCAGAGGUGCCUGUGCAGGCGGCCUGAAUCGCCCUGGGUGUCACUGUGAUCCUGGGUGGACAGGGGUCACUUGUGAUACCCCGACAGUCCCAGCCACAUUGGGUUCAAAGUCGUACAUGAAACUGGCUCUGUCCUUCACUCCUUCGUCUAGGGUUGUGAGCGUCCAGUUGAGGGUCAGGACACUCGGGGAGCCAACAGGGAUGCUGGUCCAUCUCGCAGCUCAGCACACUCAGCAUGCUUUCGCUGUUCACCUGCGAGGCGGGGUGGCCUGCGCGUCAGUGUCCGGUGCCGGAUGGGCUGCCAGGGUCGUUUGCGUCGAGGGCAGGCCCUUGGGAGACGGUCAUUGGCACACCAUCAGGGCAGAAAGACACGGCUGCAACCUCCUCAUCGGCGUCGACGGCGGAGACGAAUGGCGGGUCAACAGAUCGAUCCCAUCCCUCAUGUCACCCGGGAGAUCUGGUCUUCAGGAGGAAAGGGGUCCACCAUGCCCUUUGGGGAGAAAAAUCGACAAGCAAGACGGAGUGACGGUCGGUGGUCUUCCCGAGUUCCUGGGAGUCAGACUCGUGACCAUUGGAGAUGACUUGCAAGACGCAUGCAUAGACGACCUGAGAGUGUCAGAUCACCAGCUGCCACUUCCUCCAGCAGUCAACGCCAGUACCUGGGGCCAAGUGACCACCUUAGAUGGGUUCAUCAAGGGCUGCAACCCUCCCCCUUCCUGUGCAAACACGACCUGUGAUCCACCUCUGGCUUGCCACGCCUCCUGGACGCAGCCUUCCUGCAGCUGCGGUUCAGGGCGACAUCUGGUGGGAUCUGCAUGCGAAGACAUCAACGAGUGUGUGCUGGAGCCGUGUCUGCACGGAGGAACCUGCUAUGACCUGAAGCCAGACUACCUUUGCCUUUGUGGCCCGAACCACAUCGGCGACAACUGCGAGUGGACCAAAUCCUCCAACACAGGCAUCCCACUAACCGAGUCCGCAACUAUAGCGGCCGUGACGCUGUCGCUUCUCUUUUUAAUCCUCAUGGGAGUGUGUAUCUCCUUACGACAUCACCGACUGCGGUCAGCCAGAGCUUUGGGUCGCCAGGAGACAGAAGAAACAGCGGCGAAUCGAAGGACGCCAUUCUAGCCGUGAAAGUAGGAUGCAAAGGAUCGGUGAUGGCUGGAGACUCGGAGAAGAAGCGGGGAGCGUUCCUGGGGCUGAGGAGCGGGUGGAAGGAAUCGGCAGGAAGAUCCAAAGCGAUGACGAUGACCCCCAAAAGAAA